AUGAGUGAUCCAUCGGUCAAUGAGGAAACUAUUCUUUAUUUAAAUAAGACUAUUGAUAAAAUAAAAAACCAGAAAUGGAAACCAGUUAUCAAAGAGUAUAUAAGCUUUGUCAUUGAACAAAGUAAGAAUCUUUCAUGGAGUGAGUUUGAGUAUUGUGUUGUAUUACCAUUUAAAAUGAUGAAGGAUGAACAGAUUUCUGUAUUUAUGAAAUUUCCUAAAAUUAGAGAUAGUGCCCAAGUGAUGAAUUUCAUAAAAACCCAAAGUGAUUCUAAUCAAAAAAUAUAUGAAAAGAAAGUUUUAUUUCUUCCUUUAUCCUGCCCUAAAUAUAUCAUUAAAGAAGUUAUAAAAGAUUAUUUCUUUUCUCGAGAAUGGGACGUUCUUCUUGAUAAAAUUGUUGUUGACCAAUUACCUUCUCCAAAGUGUCUUCAAAUUAUUAAAAAACUACAACAACACUAUUUGUUUCAUGACUGUGUAUUACCGAAUCAAGUUACUUUAACACAACAAAUUAUUCAGCAACACACAUCUUUGCAGACUGCUAUUUCGAAAUUAUUUACACAAAACUCAAGAGGGUUAAUUGGAAUGUUUGAGUUUCAAAGGAAAGAAAGUCAAAAAGAAUAUAACAUCCCUGUCACUACUAACACUGAAAACUCUCAACUUUUAAAAAGAGAAAGAAGGCUUUCUUUCAUUAGAAUGGACUACGACAUAGUUUCUAAAGGACUUGAAUCAAAAGACAUUAUUAACAAAGAUAGUCCUAAUAGUACUAAAACCUUUAAUAGAAACCAGUUGUUAGAUGAAAGAAAUGAAAAUGAAUUAUUAACACCAUCCUUUAUUCCAUCAAGAAUAAUUAAAGAAAAUGACCCAAAUAAUGGACAUGAACCAUUAAAAAUCUUUAAACGAAACACUCAAAACUCUUCUUACAUAAUGGACUCCUCCUAUCUACAUAAAAAAAUAAGAUUACUAAACACUCCUUUAGUAGAUGACUUUGACUUUCAAAGAUUUUAUAAAGCCCAAACUAAUUACUCAACUCCGGAACAAACAAGCCGGUUUCAUCGUAUUGACAGUUUACUAAAAGCUAAAAAAACACAAAAAGAAGAGUUAUUGAACAUGGAAGAAGUUAUUGAUACGUUAUCCUUUGAAAAGCUUCCAUUAUGUUCAAUUUUUCAUUGA